AUGGUUCGGGACGAUUUUAGCAAAUGUGAUUCCAAUGUUCGUUUAGAUGGAAAAGUAGCCCUCGUUGCAGGAGCUACCUCAGGUCUCGGAUUCGAAACUGCAAAAAAUUUCGCAAGUCGCGGUGCUAAAGUCAUAAUUGCAAGCAGGAAUCCAGAGAAACUUGAAAAGGCACGAAUUGACCUGGUGAAAUCUUCAAAAAAUGAGAACAUCUAUACGAAACAAGUAAACUUUGAGUCUCUUUCAUCGAUAAGGAAUUUAGUCAGGGAGACAUACUUGUCGGAGCCAGCACUAGACAUUCUUGUCAAUAAUGUUGGGACUAUUGGAUUGGAGGACAAAUUGACGGUUGACGGACUACAUGUGAUGAUGCAAGUCAAUUAUUUUGGUGCGUUUCUUUUGACCUUUCUCCUGUUCCCGUUAUUAAAAGCGUCGGCGCCCAGCAGAGUCAUUAAUGUCUCUUCUUCAGGGCUACUUCUUGGAGACAUAAACUUGGAGCACAUGAAUGACGUAGGUCGAUAUUUUGACUUCGGUUUCUAUUGUAAUGCGAAGUUAGCUGUUGUACUAUUUUCUAUAGAAAUGAAUAAGCGGGUGAAAGACAGUGGUGUUCAAGUAUUCAGCAUGGAUCCAGGAUUAAUCAAGACAAAGUUUUUCAGGAAUUACGAUGACGGCUUUUGGAAGACAGUUUUAAAUGGAGCGUUAGCAAUAUUUGGAAGACCAGCUCAUAGGGUCGCAACUUUGCCUGUGUAUUUGGCUUCUGAUUCGAAGCUAGACAGUUUAAAUUCAAGACAUUUUAGAGAUUGUGUAAGCUUCUAUAGCACGUGGUACGCUAACGAUACCGUACUUACAAAAAGGUUGUGGAAAAAGUCUAAAGAAUUGGUUAAGAUAACACCUACAGAAGAUUGGGAAAGCUAA